GAAAUUUUAAGUUAAAUUGUUCAAACAAAUAUGAAGAUUUUCAAUUUGAUCUUGUUUACAGUGUGUAUAUUCAUGGUGGUCGAACAUUGCCGAUGUAAUGCGAGGACUACAUCUAAAUUGGCAAAUGGGAACAAAAAUUUUAAAAAAUUGUCGUUAAAUAGGCAAAACAAUCAUCGAAGUUCUGUAAACGCAUUAAGAAAUCAAAACCAUUUUGGAAGAUCAAGACCGACUCGCAAACAAAAACACGAUUAUCCUACUAAUAAAAGAUAUGAUAAAACGAUAACUGGCAAACAAAAUAUGGCAAUUAUAUUUCCCCCCGGUCCAGGUGGUGGUCCUCCACAAAUAAUUACUCAGCAAGGAAAUCCAUCAAUGUAUCCUCAAUUCCCUGGAUUUUCACCCAACCACCCUGGUUAUCCUGGACAAAUUCCAGCCUUCGGUCCAUUUCCAUUUCCUCAAAUCAACAGGCCACCACACCAGCAUAAUAUAAUGCACGAGCAAAAGGAUUCACCUGAACUUUUAUCAUCCGAGGAAAAUGACGGUUUAUUAUGGAACAAGGACCUGCAUCAACACGGUAUAAUAGACAGCAGCGAAGAUUCAUUUGGAUUUUCAUCUGAGGAAGAUGACGGUUUAACAUGGAAUAAAGACCCGAACCAACACAGUAUGAUAGACAGCGGCGAAGAUUCAUCUGGAUUUUCAUCCGAGGAAGAUGAAGGUUUAACAUGGAAUAAAGACACGAACCAACAUAGUAUGAUAGACAGCGGCGAAGUUUCAUCUGAGUUCUCUUCAGAGGAAAGUGGCGAAAAUGGCAUGUACAGCGGCGAGGCCGAAAAUAGUGAGGAUUGUAAUAUAGUAAUAAAUAUUAAUUGAACCGAAAAAUGUAUUAAGCGUCAAUUGGGGAACUGUGUGGAAUAAAGGCGUAAGUGUGCUUACGCUCUUUUUGCUUCGAUUCGUUUAAGGUCUCUAAAAACAUAUACCUUUCUUCCGUAGAUUCGGUGUAUUAAAGAGAGUCGGAUCAUCAGUAUUGGAAAAGUUGAAAAUUCUAUGCAUGAGAUUUUUAAUAGAAAAUUCUCUUUAAAACAAAAAUAGAUAGCUCAAACCGUAAAUUAUAAGAAAUUUUAAGCAUAAAAUAACCUGGAAAAAGAUAAGAUUCAAAAUAUCCUAUUUUAAUCUUUAUGAGCGUUUUCUGCAAAAUACACUGCGCUAA